AGAAUAAUCAGGAACCGGAAGUAUCUCUCAGCCAAUCAGCUUUUGCAAAGCGUUCUAAGCUGACGUCAGCCCGGUACCGAUGAACGACCGGUAGCGAUAGAGAGAGCUGCACGUUUGCUGUUGUUGGUAGCUUUAUUCGCUAAUCCCCUUGUCAAACGUGCAAACACCAUGCCUUUCGAUGUUAGGAGAUUUGAUAUCUACAGGAAAGUGCCAAAAGAUCUCACCCAGCCCACAUACACAGGAGCUUUCAUUUCCAUUCUCUGCUGCGUCUUCAUACUCUUCCUGUUCCUGUCUGAGCUGACGGGAUUCAUAGCCACUGAAAUAGUAAAUGAACUGUAUGUGGAUGAUCCUGAUAAAGACAGUGGUGGGAAGAUAGAUGUGAGUUUAAACAUCAGUUUGCCAAACUUGCACUGUGAUUUGCUGGGUUUGGACAUCCAGGAUGAGAUGGGCCGCCACGAGGUCGGUCACAUAGAUAACUCCAUGAAGGUUCCUCUCAACCAAGGUGGUGGUUGUCGAUUUGAGGGAGAGUUCACCAUCAACAAAGUACCUGGAAACUUCCACCUGUCAACACAUGGAGCUACAGCACAACCCCACAAUCCUGACAUUACCCACAGCAUCCACAAGCUGGCCUUUGGGGAAAAGGUCCAGGUAGAUAAAGUACAAGGAGCCUUCAAUGCGCUAGGAGGGACUGACAGGCUCUCAUCUAAUCCUCUGGCCUCGCAUGACUACAUACUGAAGAUUGUUCCAACUGUGUACGAGGACCUCUCAGGCAGGCAGAGGUUUUCCUACCAGUACACGGUAGCCAACAAGGAGUAUGUUGCAUAUAGCCACACGGGUAGGAUCAUCCCGGCCAUCUGGUUCAGAUACGACCUCAGUCCAAUCACAGUCAAGUACACAGAGAGGAGACAGCCUUUCUACCGCUUCAUCACAACAAUCUGUGCCAUCGUUGGAGGGACGUUCACAGUCGCAGGAAUCAUCGACUCCUGUAUAUUCACUGCUUCCGAGGCCUGGAAGAAGAUCCAGAUAGGAAAAAUGUCAUGAGGAUUGCUCCUCACAUCCCCUCACGUCGUAUUUAUUAGUGCAAAUUUGCUAGCCUGUUAGCUAAAUCCAGUCUUGCUCAAACUAACUUCCUUGUGGAAUUCACAUCACCGUGACCCAUGAAGUGACUUUGGCACUCGAGCUAACUACCAGGCUACACAGCUGCAUCUCAGUUGCCGAAGCUCCUCUUAGGCUCCGUCUGCUCAGCUGAUGUGACUAUCACAUGUGUUUUCAGUGUCUGAGGAGGAGAGGGAAGCUCUUUUGCUACUUUGGAAAUAAAGGGUUCAGGGAUCAACUUGUAGGGGUGUUUAAAGGCUGUAGCUGAUAGUUUUAGAAUGAAAUAAAAACAAAAAGUAGCUGGGAUUUGUGCUAAAAUUGAAUGUUUUAAAUUUGUUCAUGUGACACAGAUCAGUGCACUCCACGUUUUUAGCAUAGGGAGAUUUUUGAUUAAUGGCUGAAUUAUUUACAGUCAAAACGGCUCAAAUCAAAAUGUAUUACUUAAUCUUCUCUAAUUUCCGCUUGUUGGCCAACCAGAAUAUCACUUUAAUCCUACAGCGUUUGUUUUACUGGAAAAGGGAUUGAUUAUUGGAAGGAAAUGUUUUCUAAACCUGUACUCUUAGACUGAACUCUGAAGCGUUUCUCCUUUUCACACUGUCCAUAAAACUGCAGUGUGUACUAUGUAAUGUUUUUUUUCCAUCAUCCAGUCUCCCGUUCUAUCACCAGUGUUUAGACUAUGUGCCUUUAGGUUUACCGUUCCACCAUACGGACUUAUCUUCAGCAGUGGCUGCUACUAAAACCAGUAUUUUCACCGAGUCUCUCGUGCGUGUUACCACUGCAGCAUCUGUGUGGAUUCAAUGGGUUUUAAAUACAGUGAUCACUGUUUACCCUUCUGUUAAAGGUCCUGGUCUAGACUUUUUCCUUUCUAUUUUAGUAAUUUUCAAAUAUAUGAUGAAUGUCUUUUGCUUUUUGCUCAGAGGUGAACUGAUUGGAUUUUUUUAAACGGUACUGACUGUUAAUCCAUGAAGUUUUAAAUUGUAUAGAAGGGUUCCUUUUUGUUUUUAAGGGGAAAACUUGUUUUGCCAUCUCUGGUUAUUAUUUUUUCUUUAUACUGUUGUUUGUUACCUUCUAUAACCAAGGACAGUGAUAAUCACAAGCCAUGAGAACUUGUUCAUCCAUUUCAUCUUCUCUUUAAUUACUCUGAAAUGCUAUGUGUUCCUCGAGUAAAGGUACCAUAGAAAUGCU